AUGAAGCGAGUUGCAACUUGUGGAGCUGUUCCAGGUCAUGCUACAACACAACUGGAUGUGAAAAGUGAUUUUUUAGAUAAAUCUGAGCCUCUACCUUCAAGCAUUCAUGAAUGUGAACCAAUAUACCAAGGUGAAGAGCACGUACUUGGCACCACAAAUAUGGUGUAUGAAAAUCAAGAGCCAGUGUAUGAGGGGGAGGUGGUUCUUGCUGAGCAGGCUGACAAGACUGGGGAAAGCAGCCCUUCCGUGGAUGACAAGGCCACAGAACAUCAAUGGGAGCUGAUUGAUAAUUUUCUGCAGACCACUGCUAACCAGCUGACUGUCUAUGGGUAUAUUUCUAAUAAUCUAUGGUUUAAAUACAUGUUCUCAAUUGUAUUCUCAUUUAUCACAUUGUCAAAUUUCAUUGUCGCAGUCUCUUCUGUUUACAAGAGGGACUUAACGAAAUACAACGGAAGUCUAUAUCUCCUAGCAACUGAUCAAGGUUUUAUAAGCCAAACUGAUUUGGUAUGGCAAAGGUUGGAUGAGGUGAAUGGAGAUGGGGUUUUUCUUACCAGCAAAUUCACACCCUUUAAGGCUGAAACUCCAAGAAAUGAUUCAUGGAAUGAACAGCAAGCUAUGACGAGUACUGCUGAUUACCUUGCUCAAUUUGACAACACUUCUGGAAACUCUGAUCUAGAGCUAGCUAUAGCACUUCAACAGCAAGAGUUUGAGCGGCAACCACAAAGGUUUCAAGCUCCACCACCACAGCAGCAACAACAAUAG